AUGAACAACAGGUCGGCGCCACCACGAUCACUACCCUCACAACAACCACCCCCCUACCUCUACGACAUACCGCUGGGCCGGUCCAACACGACGACGCACAAUAAUGCAGCAAUGUAUUACCUGGAGAAGCCGUUGGCCAGGUCAAAUACGUCCUCGACAGCCAGCUCGAGCAUGUCAGAGCGAACGCGGUCGACGCCUCUCUCUCGGAUGUUGUUGUCGGGCGAAGUGAGCGGCGAUGCGCCACGGGAUUUGACACCGAAAGAGAAAUUCGAGCGGUGGAUGGUCAAUGAAGGGUCUCGCCGAAUGGUGGUCGGAGUGUUCGUGCUGGUUCACGGACUCAUCUUCGCAUUUGGCUUCAUGAACUACCAACUCAAGGACAACCUGACGGGAGCUCGAGGAAUCUUUGGCAUCACAUACCCGAUCGCCCGAUCAGCAGCAUUGGUGUUGCAUUUCGACGUGGCAUUGAUUUUGUUCCCCGUGUGUCGAACCCUGAUCUCGUUGUUGCGCCAAACACCGCUCAACAGCAUUGUUCCCUUCGACAAGAACCUGACCUUCCACAAACUCGUGGCCUACUCGAUCGUCUUCUUCACGUGGGUGCACACGAUCGCGCACUGGAACAACUUUGCCCAGUUGGCCAUCAAGCAGAAACUCGGGUUUGUCGGGUUCCUCAAAAUCAAUUUCGUCACGGGUCCCGGCUGGUCCGGGUACGUGAUGCUGUUUGCCCUGAUGGCCAUGCUGUUCACGUCGAUCGAGAAACCCCGCCGGGCCAACUACGAGCGCUUCUGGUCCGUCCAUCACCUGUUCAUUGUGUUUUUUGUCUUUUGGUCCGUUCACGGCGCCUUUUGCAUGAUCAAGUCCGACACCGCCCCCUUUUGUUUCGGCACCGGUGUCUUCUGGGAGUAUUGGAUGUACGGCGGUUUUGCGUACUUGCUUGAACGAGUCCUGCGCGAGAUUAGGGGUCGGCACAAGACUUUUGUCACAAAAGUCAUCCAGCACCCUAGCAAUGUCGUCGAGAUCCAAAUGCACAAGGAAAAAACAAAAACCCGCGCCGGCCAGUAUAUCUUUUUGUGCUGUCCCGAGGUUUCGAUAUGGCAAUACCACCCUUUUACUCUGACCUCAGCCCCCGAGGAGGACUAUAUCUCCGUUCACGUCCGUAUGGUCGGCAACUUUACAAAAGCUCUAGGUAAAGCGUUGGGAUGUGACGACAGCAAAGGAGGUCGAGGUGGUGAUGACAAUUCCGGGGCCAAGAAGGAACGCUCCCAAGUCGUUUCCAUGGCCCCCGGCGGGCUGAUGAAACUCCUGCCCCGUGUCUAUGUCGAUGGGCCCUUUGGCUCGGCCUCCGAGGACGUGUUUAAAUUCGAAACGGCUGUGCUAGUCGGUGCCGGUAUUGGCGUCACUCCCUUCGCCAGCAUUUUGAAGUCGAUCUGGUACCGCAUGAGCACGGGAAACACCGGUGGCGGCAACGGCAAGUCGCGGCUGCGCAAAGUCUAUUUCUUCUGGGUGUGUCGAGAUUUCGGGUCUCUGGAAUGGUUCAAGUCUUUGUUGGCGGCUAUCGAGGCUCAAGAUAAGCAGCAUGCCAUUGAGAUUCAUGCGGUAAGUCUUCACUUUCUUCGAAAUGUAUUACGUCCCUCGGUCGGCCUGUGUACUAAUUGCUGUGGUUCAGUACCUCACCGCCAAAAUCUCCGCCGCCGACGCCAACAACAUCAUGCUCAACUCGACCGACACCGACGCCAUCACGGGCCUGCGCACCCCGACCAACUUUGGCCGUCCGAACUGGGACAUGGUCUUCCGAGCGAUCCGCAAGAUCCAUUCGCCCGGUGA